GCAAGCGUCCGGAACACGAGAGAGAGAGAGAGCUUUUGGGGAAGGAAAAGAAUCUGUGAAGCUGUCUUCUAGGAUUGUUCUUUCUCUGUUUCUUCAGAGGCUCUUGGUUUUGUUGUAAGAGAGUUCAUCUUUUGUACUUACUUCCAUCUUAUUCUACUUCUCUGUAUUUCAUUUUCACUUUUUUUAUGGAUCAUAUUGAAUAUAUAUUUCCAGGACCAGGAAAAUUUGAUCAGAAUUUUGAAGUGUUUGCCAUCUGAUAUCUUUGAGGAAAAUGACCAGUAUAGCAACUGCUGAAGUCCGAUUUGUUCGAUGUCCCAAAUGUGGAAAGGUUCUCGUUGAACCCAAACAUCCACUGUAUACGUGUGGUGGAUGUGGUGUCAUCCUUAAAGCCAAAAAUCGUAAAAAUGGAAGAAGUGUAAGCUCUGGAUCACUUGAAAAAAGUUCUCAAAAGAACCAAUUGGAACAUGAUGCUGGAUUUGCAAAAUUAACCAGCUCAGGACAAACGGAGAACCACUGUGACAUAAAAGAGUGUUCAUCGAAUCUGAAUACGAAAGAGCAAGCUGAAUCUGCAGAUUGCAGCAUUGAGCCAUCUGGAAAUAGGAACUUAAAUGGAGUUUCUUUGGGUGAAUCCGAAUGUUUGUCAGAUCUGAAUGUGAUAAAGCAAUUGGAGGAUCAAUUGGAGCAUGAUUCUGAAGACGUAAAAUCAACCGGUUCAGUUCCAAUAGAAAACUACUCUGACAACAAAGAAUGUUCAUCAGAUUUGAGUGUAAAAGACCAAAUUGAAUCUACAGAUUGUUUUAUUGAGCCAUCUGAGCCAUCUGAAAGUAGCAACUUCUUAAAUGGAGUUUCUUCAGGUGAUUCAGAUUUAUCUUCAGAUCUGAAUGUGACUGACCAAGUUGAAGUUUCUUCAGGUGAUUCAGAAUGUUCAUCAAAUCUGAAUGCAAAGGAGAAAAUGGAAUCCACAGAUUGUUGUAUUGAGCCAUCUGAAAAUAAGAACUUCUUAAAUGGAGUUUCUUCAGGUGAUUCUGAAUGUUCAUCAGAUCCGAGUAUGAAGGAGAGAAUUGAAUCUACAGCUUGUAGUAUGAAGCCAUCGGGAAGUAGGAACUUCUUGAAUGGAGUUUCUGCGGGUGAUUCGUUGGGUCUUGAUGAUGGGAAAGAGCAAAUUGAAUCUGGAAAUUGUGCCAUCAAGCAAUCUGGAAGCACAAGUUUCUUAAAAGGAGUCUCUUCAGGUGAUUUUAGUUCUCAUGAAAGGGAAGAAAAUUCAUCAGAAGCUGGAAGGAAUACACAAACAGAUGAACAUGAUGCAAGCCAAAGUCCCGACAGCGAACUGUCUUCUGGGGGAAAUAGCUCAUCCAUUGCAUCUCAGAGACAAUCUGAUGAGAGCAAUCCCACGAAAAUGAAUUUAGCAGCUUUGAAGAAACAGUUGCAGCAAUCUCAGGAGACUUCUCACCAUGAAUCUGACAAUACAAGAUCAGUAGAGACAGUUGAGGCUUCAAGAACUGCAGAAAACGGCAAAAUUUCAGAGGGUCUCAGUGGUACACCUGAUGGUAUUUCAAAGUAUCCAACAGCCAGAAGCUGUCAUGCUUAUGAUGGUAGUGUUUCCUCUUAUGAUGAAAGGGAUGACCAGGUCCCUGAGCAACCUUCACACCUACCUAAAAGAUCUUGGUUCAAACGCCAAGUGGAAGCAGAGUUUCCUCCUAACAAGGAGAGGCCAAGAAGGGAGGAUGGGUUGAAGAAUAAGAUUGGUAACAAUCCAGAAGUGCGGCAUCAAGGGAGAAAGUUAUUGUCAAUAUCAUCAGGUGAGAAGCAUGGUCUGAAGUGGGAAGGAUCCAAAAUCCAAGCACAGGGGCAAUUGGGUUCACCCGACUCUGAUGGUCUCCAUCCAAGAAAGAAUUGGAUGAGAACAGAAAGAGAUGGUUUUUGGUCUAGGGAGUCCUUCCAAAGGGGUUUCCCCAGUGACUAUGAGAAUGGCAGGCCUUCAAACUAUAGGCAUGAAGAGUUUCCACGCAGAACAAGCUCAUGUUCUUCUAGCAAAGCUGACUACUUUGAACAAAUGGAACUAUUAAGAAAGUUGGAUGAAUUGAGAGAUCAACUUCGUAGAUCAUACACUCAGAGAGGAAUGGCAAAUGGAAGGUUUCCUCCCAGAAGCACCCAGCAGGUGAAGCAGCAACCACUGUGUCAUAGUUAUGAACAACUUGACUCCAAAGUUCCAUACAGUCAUGAUGCAAACUAUCAUAGGCAUCCUCAUGCACCAUAUGGGCCAAGAAAAAACAGGUGCCAAAAAUGUGAAUCUUCACAAGUGCAUUUCUCAGGACAGGGUACAAAUUGUAGGAACCAUGUUGGUUAUUCCUGCUAUCAUUGUUGCCCAAAAGAUUGGCAAUGCCGGACCCGGUUGCCACCCUCUGGCACUAGCUAUAACAAUAUGGGCCGUUCUGCUCACAGGUGCUGCGAACCUUAUGGUUCCAGUUCUGCUACUCAGCCGAAGAAUACCAACUCAUGUUUCUCACAACAAGGAUGCCGGAUGCACUACCAGGACAAGGGGUUUAUGGACCAUGAUUUGCAGAAAAAGUACUAUCGAGAUAGACGUCAUCCCAUUAAGAAAUAUUGCCAACCCAUUGCUGGUGGAGCUCCUUUUGUUAUCUGCUAUAUGUGCUCUACACUGUUGCAGCUACCCAAAGAUUUUCUAUCACAGAAAAGGAUAUAUCAGCUACAAUGCAGUGCCUGUUCACAGGUACUUAAAUUUUCACUUCAAAACAGAACUCAUAUCAUCCCUGAGGUUGAUAACAGUAGUGAUGCCAUCACUGGGAGGAACUUGGUAUCUAUAUCUCAUGCCAAUGACUGUCCACAAGGGGAGCCAGUUUCCUAUUCUGACAAUUGUGAAACCUCAAGGUCCAAGAGUAGUUCUACUGAGGGUGGUGUUCUUCCAUUUCCAAUCCUUCAAGGUAAUGAGGAGGUGCCUGAAGACAGCCAUUCAGAAGAAAAAGUACAGGGGAAGAACAAGUCAGUCUUCAAACAAUCUGGAAGCCAUUAUAAGACUUACAGUGAAGUAUCUGAAUCAACCGUUGCAUCCUUGGAAGGGAAAGUGGCGCCACGAGUAUCUAGUUCACCACUUCAUCAGCUUUUGGGUUACUCUUCCCCUAGUGAACUGAUUAAUGGACAUUGAGAGUUAGCUACUGAACUUGGAGGCUUCUCAAAUUUGCAAAUUGUCCAACUGCCCCCUUGAUUUAUCUGAGAUCCAAUUAUAACUCAAUUUCCUUGUAUAGAGUGGUGGAAUGAAUACUGUUUCUAUUGAUUGUUAGCAUCUGGUGUGUUUUUUUGUUAUAAAUUUACUGUAAAUCAUCCUUUGUAAAUUUCUCAACAGCAAUAGGAUUUGACUAUUUCCCUCUUUAUAAAAGAGGAA